AUGGAAAAAAAAAAAAAAAAAAAAAACAUAUCUUUAAAAGGCUAUUUUAAAAACUCGGAUGGCUCUGGAAAUGAUGAUCAUCAUUAUAGUAUCAACACAAUUGAUCAAAAUUAUAUGAAUCCCGAGGAAAAGAAAAGCAGUAAAAAUCUAUUUAGUAAAUCCCCAAUCGGGUUGGUUGCCUAUUAUCGUUGUACAGAAGGUAAAAGUAAAAAAUUAGGAGACUUAUCGGGAUGCGGCAGAAUAGCUCAUAUUAAAAAUGAUGGAAAUAGCUCUGAUGAUUCUCCUUGGAUGUUCAAAAUAAAAAACAAAGAAAUUCUUAAUUUAGAUAAUUUGAAAAAAAAACAUAAAAAAAAUUAUUGUCUUAAUGUAAGCGGACAAUCUAAUUGGUAUAUUGAAAUUCCAUCAGAUAAUUGUUUAGAACUUUUAGGGGGUAAUUAUAGUACUAACGAAAAAAGUAUAAAUAUAAAAAAAGAAAUAUGUAAGGAUAUAUCAAAUGAUAUUAAUGAAGGUUUUACAUUUGAAAUGUGGAUAGGAAUAAAAGAGAAAAAAAUAAAAAAGAAAAAAGAAAAAAAAAGUUUUUGUUUAAUUCAAAAGGGGAUAGAAUAUUCCGAAUGGGGUAUAUAUCUAAUUAUUGAUGAUGAAAAAUGUCGAUUUUUGAUAAAAUAUAAAAACCAAAAUUUUGAAUUUGACAAAUUUCCUAUUGCCCAUUUAAAAACCAUAAAAUUUAAUAAUUAUUAUUGGAGUUAUAUAUCUAUAGUUUUUAAUAUGGGAAUUGAUCUUAUAUUUGUAAUAUUAUCAGGAGAUAAUAGUUAUUUUUUUAAUUUAUAUAAAAAUAAGUAUGCAAUUUUUUAUAAUAAUUCGCUAUAUCCUACUAAUUUUUUUCCAGAUUCUAAAAACAUUGUACCUAUAUGCAUAGGUAAAUAUAAUUCCCAUUUAAACAAUUUAGGGGAUAUAAUUGAUAAAAAAAAUAAUAAGGAAAAUUAUGAAAUUUGUUCUUUUUUAGUAACAGAAAUAAGAUUGUUUGCUGUAAGCCGUUCAGCUGACCUUGUCAUAGAACAAUAUAAUCAACCUCUUGAAUUUUUUUCGAAUAUUUCAAUAAAAAGUGAAACUUAUGAUAAAUCUGAUAAUAUUGAUAAUGAUAAAAUACUAAAAUCAGAUUCAAAUAACAAUUCAGAAAAUGGUUAUUAUAAAUUUAAUUCAUCAGAUGGUAGUCAAUACUGCUAUAAUGAUAAACAUGAUAAUACAAAGAAAAAAGAAAAACAAACAAACACACAACAAAUGAAUAUAAAUGGGAAUAAAAUAAAUAAAUCCCAAAACAACACACAUAUUAAUGAUGAAAACAUUUAUAAAUCAGGAAACUCAUUUUUCGAAAAUUAUAAUAAAUAUAAUGAAGAAAGUGAUAAUAAAACUAUAGAAUAUAAAUUCAGUGAAUUUAAUAAUGAAAUUGAAGAAAUGAAAAAAAAGUUUAGUCAAUUUAAUGAUGAAAUAAAAGGGAUGGAUAUUAAUAAUGAAAGGUUCAGUUUUGGUAGUGAAAAUAAUAAAGGAAAAAAAAAAAAAAAAAGUAAAAAACAUGAAUCAGAUAAUGAUUCACAUUAUGAGAAUUGCUCAAGUAAUUCAAAUCGAAAGUUUACAAAAUAUUCAUUUGAAAAUAAUUCAAAAUUUAUAAAAAAUGAGGAUUCAUCGAGUAAUGACCUUGAUGUAUCUAAAAAAUCUCAGACAUUUUAUGAUGAUAAUAAAAAAAGUAAGAAAGAAAAACGUGAAAGUAGAAAAGAAAUGAAAAAAAAUAUUCAUAUAGAUGAAGUUAUGUCACCCUAUUUGAAUGCAGAAAAUUAUAUUGAUUUAAAAAAUAACAAUAUAUCAUUUUUUAAUUUUUCCGAUGAGGAUAUUGCUAACAAAAAUGAUGGAAAUGAUAAUGAUAAUAAUAAUAGUGAUAAUAAUAGUGAAUGGAAAAAGAAUAAAGAAAGUAGAAAUAAAUUAAAUUUGGAAAAAAAUAGAAAUCAUAAUGUAAAUGACAAAGAUAGCAAAUUUGAAGAAAAAUUACAAAAUAAAAAAAGUAAUAGUUUUCAUAAUGUUAGAAAAAUAAAUAAAGAUGAUAAAAUAAAUAUGGAUGAAAUAAUUAACGAAAUUAAUAAAACUUUUGAAAAUAAGAUUUUUAAUGUGUUUGUUGAUAAGUGGGCUCAAAACUUAGGGGUGUCACAAAACGAUCGAGAUAAAUUUUUAGAAAACUUGAAAAAGCAAAGAGAUUUUAUAGAUUUGGAAAAAAAAAAAAAAAAUUUUAAUAAUAAUGAAGAAAGUAAAAAUAGUGAUAUGGAUAGAUAUGAAUAUGAUGAUAUAAAAAGAAAAUAUAAUGAAUUAAUAGAAAAAAAAGAAUUAGAAAAAAAAAAAAAAAUUCAAGAAAAUUUAAAAGAAGAAAUAAAAAAGCUAAGAGAGCAAUCACCUGCCGAAAAAGGAUUAAAUGAGUUUAUUAAAAAAAAUAAAAAAAUGAAUGAAUAUUAUGUAAAAAAAUAUCGUAUUUUAAGCCAAAAUUCAAGAAAAUCAAAUACACCUAUUAAUGAUAUUCAAUCGAAUAGUGAAAAAAGUAAUAACACAAAUGAAUCUAAUAUUGAUAAUUCUGUUAAUGCAAAUUUAAAAAGAGAAAAUAGUAUUGAUGAGUUUUUUAAUUUUGAAAACAUAAAAUAUAUGAACAAGAAAAGUGAUAAUUCUUUUGAUAGUUAUGAAUUCACAUUUAGUAAAAGGGACUUUAAGGAUGAAAACUUUGGGGAAAUAAGUGAAAAGUGCAGUGGCAGUAAAAAAAACAUUCACGAAAACAUUUAUGAACACGUAUAUGAUAGCACAAAACUAACAAGCUUCGAAGAAAACGCGCUAGAACACAAAGAAAAUAAAAAAGAUCUUAACAAAAAAGCGGAUAGAGAAAUAAAUAUUGGUAAAAAAUACUAUCGAUAUAUAUGGCCAUUGACACAUUAUGAAAUAUACAUUAUAAAAAAUGUUCAUAAAUAUGGAAUAAAUAAAGAAUUAAAACAAUUUAAAAAUAAUAAUUACAUGGAAAAUGAUAAAUAUAAAGAGGAUAAACGGAUAUCAAGAAACAGUAUAAAUAUAAAUUAUAUAAAAUAUAAAAUAUCAAUGAUGAAAUAUUUAAAUAAUAUGAGUUUAAAAUAUAUUUUAGAAAAAAAAUAUACAAAAAGUUUAAAAGCAUGCAUAAAAAAUAAAAAUUAUAUUCAUAAUUUUAUCAAUAGUUAUUGUACUAUACAAAAUCGUGUAUUAAAAGAGAAUUAUAAAAUUGUAAAUAUAUGUUUAAAAGUAAAUUACUCUAAGAAUAUAACAAUAGAUGAAUUAAAAACUAUUAUAAAAAAUAAUGUAAUAAAUAUUAUAGUGUGCAAAAUUUUUAUACUUAUAUAUGAAUAUAAAAGAUAUAAAUAUAUAGAAAACUCAUCUAGAAUUUUGGUAUUAUUAUCUGUUUUAUGUAGAAUAUUGUAUAUAUCAUAUGAACUAAAUAAUCGUUCUAAUAAUAUAGAUAAAUUGUUAAAAAAAGUUUUAAAAAAAUUUAUUAUACGUUUAUUUUUAAGGGGAUGUUUAUAUUAUGUGGAAAAAAUAUGUGAAUAUUUUUUUAAGUUAUAUCCAUGUGAUUUUAUAAAAUUUGAAAAAAAUGAUAAAAAAGAAGAGGACGAAAUAGAUGAUCCAAUACAAACAAAUAUAUCCCAAAAAAAAAAUAGUAAUAAUAAUAUUAUUCAUGAAAUAUACCAACUUUCUAAAAACACAUUUCUUAAAUAUGCCAUAUCAUACAAAAGUAAUAAAUGUUCAUUAAUAAAUAAUCAUGAAAUGGAUUUUGAAAAUUCGAUAAAGACUUUUUCUCCGGAGUGGGGUUAUUAUAUAUAUUCGACUAGUAAUUUUAAUAUAUUUUCUUCUAGUAUAAAAUAUAACGGUUUUUUAAAAUCGUCCCUUGAUAUUUCUAUUCUUAUAUCAAAUAACAAAUAUGAAUCAUUUUUGACCAAUAACCCAAUGUGCAUUCGUGAUGUUAAUGAAUUAGAAAAUAGCGAAUUUUCUAAAUUAAAUAAAAUUGAGGAUGACGAAAUUUCAAAGUUAAAUAGCGAUAAAAUAAAAGAAGGGAAAGGAAAAGAUACUAUCGAUUCAAUUGAGGAUAAUGAUCAAAAAAUAUGUUUGUCAGAAAUUUCUAAUACCAUAGUCCCACUUGAUGAAAAUGCAGAAAAUAAAUUUAAAGAAAAUGGUGAUAUAUUGUGUAAAAUUGACAUAAAAAAAAAUAAUAAUAUAUCUUUAAUUGACUAUUUAACAAAUUAUGAAAAAAAAAUGAAAAAUUAUUAUAUUAUUGAUGACACUUUAAAAACAAUAAAAUUUAAUAGAAAACAAACAAAUUAUAAUUUAGAAAAUUUUUUUAAUAAUCAUAAUAUAAGUAGUAAUAUAAAUUUUACAGAUAAAACAUAUUUUCAAAAUUUUAUGAAAAAAGUUAAUUAUGAUGCCUUUUUAAAUACAUCCAAAUAUUCUUAUAAAAAUAAAGAGUUAUUUGGAAUUUGCCCACAUUGCAAAAAACAACUUAGAAGUUUUUCAAAUGUGUGUGAUUCAUGUCAUAAGCGUAUAUUUAUAUGCUACUACUUUUUUGUCUAUUGUACAUACAAGUAUCGUUGUCAACUAUGUGAUGCGACAUAUUCCGAAAUGUGUAUGAAAAAGUUUAAAAUGGGUUUUACGUGUCUUUAUUGUGGAUUGUUUUUUGUUAAGAAGUAG